CUUGUGUGAUUGUUGCAGAGGAUUAGGCUACUCGUUUCUACAAGGUUUUGCUCGGAGCGCAAAAUUAUCCGGUAUAGGUGUUUUGCCAAAAAUCUACUAAUUCUGAAUUGAACAAUAGGCUAUUGCCUUUUAAUUAAUUUGUCCUUGUAUGCUUUUAAUCCUGUGCUAUUUUUCAAGUAUUUUAAGGAAGAAUGGAAAUCGAUUCAAGUAAAGACGAAUUACGAUAGAUCAGAACUAUAGAUUACAGUAGAAUUGAGUGAGCGUUCGAGUUUGAUUGAAAUAACUCAACAUAGCCUACAUUUGACCAGUUUCGCUGCACCAAUAUAGUGCCCGUCUUUCAAACUGCUGAGAGACUGGAGAGGUUGUCUCGCACUGAAUGAGUCGCUUUGGAACGCGCGCUAUCCACAGAGCGAGCCGGUGAUGAAAAAGGUCGGGAUUGCGAUCAGUAGGCUAGCCUAUAUUGGAAAUUAAAAACGAUUUUGGAAUAAUGGUGAAGUGAAAAUAAGAACGCCGAAGAUGCAACAUCUCCUUGAUAGAAUACACGAUGGACAAACGCCUUCCAUGAACGGUGAGAGCGUAACCCGAUGAAGUAUGAUACAUGUAUAUCACAUGCAAGGGAGAGCAAUUGCCAAGAAUUUUCUGGAAGAGGAGAACGAGACAUACCUUGUUUACUGCCAUCAAGGAGGCAGAAAGGACGGUCUUAUGAUGGUCAGAAUGAGCUCAGGAAUAAGGCUUUUGCUGAGGUGAAAAUGAUGGAAGCCUGACCCAAGGAGAAUCUUCCACCUGAUUAUCCAUAUCCUGGUCGCUGUUGGCCAUUCCCUCUGGUGUGGUGGGAAGAGACGUGCAGGCUGUGAUUGACGGGCGAUGCCCCGUGAGUGAACCUAUGGCAGUGACACAACACAAUACAGGUUCCUUUGUGUGACUCUACCAUGGACCACAUCCUCUGUUGCCUGCUGGUCCUGGGAACCGCAGUGAUGAUGGCCCAUGCAUGCCCUAAGUACUGUGUCUGCCAGAACCUAUCCGAGUCCCUUGGGACCCUGUGCCCCUCCAAAGGCCUUCUCUUCGUCCCGUUGGACCUCGACCGGCGCACUGUGGAGCUCCGGCUGGGUGGCAACUACAUCCUCCGCAUCACUCAGCAGGACUUUGCCAACAUGACCGACCUGGUGGACCUGACGCUCAGCCGCAACACCAUCAGCUACAUCCAGCCCUUCUCCUUCGGCGACCUGGAGACCCUGCGUUCCUUACACCUGGACAACAACCGCCUCAUGGAGCUGGGUCCAGAGGAUCUCCGGGGCCUGGUUAACCUGCAGCACCUCAUCCUCAACAACAACCAGCUGGGACGCAUCUCAGACAGGACCUUCGAAGACCUGGCCCCCUCCCUGGAGGAUCUGGAUCUGUCCUACAACAACCUGAGGAGCCUGCCCUGGAACUCAGUCAAGCAGAUGGUCUCCCUCCACCAGUUGAGUCUUGAUCAUAACCUCCUGGACUUUAUCCCUGAGGGGACCUUUACUAAUCUAGAAAGGUUGGCUCGCCUGGAUCUCACCUCCAACCGGCUGCAGAAGCUGCCCCCAGACCCCAUCUUCGCCAGGGCACAGGAUUUGGUGCUGUUGACCACGCCCUACACCCCUCAGCUGUCCCUUAGCAUCGGGGGAAACCCCCUGCAUUGUAACUGCGAGGUGCUGUGGCUGCGGCGGCUGGAGAGGGAUGACGACCUGGAGACCUGCGCUUCCCCUCCCAGCCUGAAAGGGCGCUACUUCUGGUAUGUGAGGGAGGAGGAGUUUGUGUGCGAGCCGCCACUCAUCACUCAGCACACUCACAGGAUGCUGGUGCUGGAGGGCCAGACGGCCAGCCUGAGGUGCGAGGCUGUUGGAGACCCCACCCCUACCAUCCACUGGAUGGCCCCCGAUGAUCGUCUCCUUGGCAACUCAUCCCGUACCGCCGUCUACCGCAACGGCACCCUGGAAAUCCUCAUUACCACCUCCAAGGACUACGGUACCUUCACCUGCAUCGCUGCCAACGUGGCUGGAGAGUCCACCGCCUCUGUGGAGCUGUCAAUCAUCCAGCUGCCCCACCUUAGCAACGGCACCAGUCAAGCCUCACAGCCCAAGUCCCGCCUCUCAGACAUCACAGGCACCACUAGGAUCAGCAAGGGGGUUCCUAAGAGCCCGCCUGAAAAAGUGGUCACUGUGUCAGAGGUGACGGCCAUUUCAGCUCUGGUUAAGUGGACAGUCAGCAAGGCAGCGCCCAAGGUGAAAAUGUUUCAGCUCCAGUACAACUGUUCGGACGACGAAGUCCUCAUCUACAGGAUGAUCCCGGCCUCCAGCAAUGCCUUCCUGGUGACCAACCUGGUGUCGGGAACAAAGUACGACCUGUGUGUCUUGGCCGCCUGGGACGACACCGCCACCACCCUGACUGCCACCAACGUGGUGGGCUGUGCCCAGUUCUUCACCCGCGAUGACUACACCCAGUGCCAGUCUCUCCACAGCCAGUUCCUAGGGGGCACCAUGAUCCUGGUGGUGGGUGGCAUCAUCGUGGCGACGCUACUUGUCUUCAUCAUUAUCCUGAUGCUGCGCUACAAGGCCACCGACAAUGAGGGGGGUGGCACGGGGGGGAUUAGCAAGCUGACCAGCGUUAGUGCCACCCACUCACAGACCAAUGGGGGCCGGCUGGGACAGAAUGGCAUGCCCCUGCCCUUGCCCAAACCCAAGGCCAAAGUAACCAUCCAAGACGAGGUGGUGGAGUUUAAAUGCGGAUCCCUCCAGAGCAGCCUCACCUCCUCCUCUUCCUCGUCGGAUGGCUCGAUGGUUGGGGGUGGCUCUCACAGCCCCAACAGCACCCUGGCCAACAUGUGGAGGCAGGCGGCCCCCUCCAAGCCCCGGGCCAACCUGGACCACCUGCUGGGAGCCUUCAACUCCCUAGAGCUCCGGGCGGGCCAGGCCAGGGGUAGGGGAGACCUGGGGGAGCCAUCCUCCAGCAGUAGCACUCUAGUAGCGGGCGGCGAUAGGCCCCCCACGGACAGGGAGCCCCUGCUGGGCCACACAAUGGACUCACGGCUCAGCCGGGUGCUCAUGCUGCCUCUGGACUCCAAGCCAAAAAGAAGCCAGUCAUUUGACAUGGGGGACUGUAUGGAUACAAACCGACAAACAGAAAAAGCGAUGGCCUCCAGCGCCUCCACGGCCACAACGCCGGUGUGCAGCUACCCCCGGCGCAUCAGCAGCAUCUGGACUAAGAGGAGCUUGUCUGUGAACGGCAUGCUGCUGCAGUGUGACGAGGAGGGUGACAUGGGAGGGAGCAAGGGGACCUUCGAGAGCCAAGAGUGGGUCAUGGAGAGUACUGUCUAGGAGAGAUGGUGACACACUUUACAUCUUCUUAAACACUGCCCCAGGAAGGUGGCAAUACGCCUAAGUUCUGAUAGACCCACCUGUGAGUGGAGAAGUCCCUGCGUCCUCCCUCCUUCCUUGUUUACAUGGAAUUAAUUCAUGUUAAUCUAUUGUGGAUCCACCAUUGUUAUGACAGAUAAGUCAAGCUCAAACUACACCUCUCGAACCCCAAAUGGGUAAAUAGGGUGAAGACGCUCGGUGGACGGAGCUGAUUGGUGGAGUGAGGAUGUUUUGUGUU